AUGACUCCGACUUCACCUUCCUCAAGGGAUCCUGGCGAACUUGCCCCCUCCCAUAACCCACAAAACGGUAAUGGCACUACGAAAAAAAAGAAGAAAAAGAAGAGCAAAAGAAAACCUCCCGCAGAUCACAUUGAGGAUCCUGAUAUUGUUAAUGGGACCCAUAAUCUACAUGCAAAUUCUAGUGCAGUUUACAUAAUGAGUAGUGGUGAAGAGGCUGGGGAUGUGGACAUAGAGGAGGAUGAUGAGUUCUUCACUGAUGCAGAUGAUGACGACGGCCAUAAUCAUAAAUCUCGCAAAGACGGUAUCUGGAAUACCAAUAACAAUGAGGAGAGGCAACGGAUAAGGGAAUUCUGGUUACAGUUGGGUGAAGAGGAAAGAAGAAGUUUAGUAAAAGUCGAGAAGGAGGCCGUUCUUAAAAAAAUGAAGGAACAACAGAAACAUUCAUGUUCUUGUACUGUGUGUGGCAGAAAGAGGACCGCUAUAGAAGAAGAGUUAGAAACCCUCUAUGAUGCCUAUUACGAAGAACUGGAGCUAUAUGCUAACCAACAGCAAUUUGGUUCUUCGAAUAUUGAAUACCGAAACGACCCCAAUGCUGAGUAUGACGAAGAAGAUGAUGAUGAGGAAUAUGAGGAUGAUGAGGAUGACGAGGAUGAUUAUGAAGGCAGCGAGCAGGGUAGCGAUAGUCGGAAAGAACUCUUUAAUUUUGGUAAUAGUUUGACCGUCAAAGGAGGUAUUUUAACCGUAGCUGACGAUCUUUUAAAAAAUGAUGGCAAGAAGUUUCUCGAGAUGAUGGAACGACUUGCUGAACGUCGAAUGCAACGGGAAGAGGAAGCAGCAAUGGAGCAACCCUCCCGUUUUUCGUAUAGAGCCUUAAAGCAACAAAAGGAAGAGGAACGCGCAAGGAAGGAGGCCGAAAGGCUCGCCGAAGAGCAGGCAUUGCGCGCAGAACGUGAAAGGAAGUCGGAGGAAGAGCGUAAAAAACGUGAAGAAGAACGCCUUCGGAAGGAGGCAGAGAGAAGGGCAAGGGAGGAAGAACGACUGAGGAGGGAAGAGGAAAAAAGGCGGAAAGCGAAGGAAGAAAAGGAGAGGGAAGAGCGUAGGAGGAAAGAACAGGAGGCAAAGGAACGUAAAGAACGUGAGGAACGAGAACGCAGAGAACGCGAGGAAAAGGCUAAAAAAGAAAAGGAGGAAAAAGAGCGUAGACAACGCGAAGAGCGGGAAAGGAAGGAACGUGAGGCAAGGGAGCGAAGGGAACGUGAAGCAAGGGAACGAAAAGAAAGAGAGGAACAAGAACGUAGGGAACGUGAAGAGAGAGCACGAAGGGAUAGGGAGGAAAGAGAACGAAGGGAGCGUGAAGAGAGGGAGCGGAAGGAAAGGGAAGAGAAGGAGAUGCAGCGAAUCACCAUCUUAAAUCCUGCACGCCACGCCGAACGAAAACGAACGAUCCCACCGAUCGGGCAACCUCCCAUACCGACGCAACCUCAGCCGCCACCAAUAAACAAUCCACCUGUCGUUCAAACAAAAGCUGUCACGAUGCCUAACGGAGCGAUCAAUUGGAUACCUGUUCCUCCUCAUCAUCCCAUAAAUCCUGCGCAUUCCGUGAAUCCACACAUACCACCACCUCCGAAUCAUUCAAAUCACAUACCACCGCAUCCCAUCUUCAAUCAGAAUGGGCCUCAACCUCAAUUUGGGCAACCCACCGGUGUCAUAAAUCCAUCAGGAAUGACGAAUGAGAUUGUGAACGAUGUAUAUACGAAUAAUAAGAAAUUACUUCCACCACAAACGAACACUAUACCAGGGAUGAAUCCCGCGUCUUCACUAUUCACAUCAGGUUUAGGGCCAAUGCUGCACCCACACCCCGGUGGGCCGCCGAUGCCGAUGCACCCUGUUCACCAUCCCGGAAUGCGUCAACAGAUUCCACCUCGGGGGUUCAUCGGAGCUGCACCUCACCUAACUGGACCUUCCACGGGUGUUCCACCUUCUGUCGCAUCCACGAAUCUGUCGUUACUGAAUGAUUCAGUAAUAGGGGGAACCGGGAAUAUGGGAUCGACGGGAGUAAACGCCAACCCACCUCCUGGUACAUUUGGAGGGUUACCUCUGGGUGGUCCGCAGGCAUUCAACUUGGGUACGCAGGUCGUUGGUCAGCCGUCAGCCACAACUCACAUAGGUCCCAAUGUUGUACAAAACACGCCACUGGCGCCUAUUGGUCAUCGUAGAAUGUCUCAACAUCCAGAGGACGCACACGUCAAGGUUGUCCAACGGCCACCACCGAUACAACGUCCUCGAAGAGGAUCGGUCUCUGCUCAUGGUCUGGAAACGCGUACGAGGUCACCCCCGCCGGGAUUUGGUAAUAUCGUUAGUUCCAGCGCGUUGCUGAAUGAUGAUCAAUCACAUCAAAUGACAAACAGGCGGCAGAGCCUUGCGCCAACAGAAACAUCAUAUUUUUCCAAUUCCCUAUUUUCGGCGCUGCCUGGAGGUUAG